CUCUAUCUGCCCAGUCAGUGUCGGUCACAUCUGGUCUCUGUGUGGAAAUUCCCUGUACAUUUACUGUUCCUGCCAGUAGAACUUUAUCUACACGUGUCACAGGGAUUUGGAAGAGAAAAGAGACUCCUGACAUUGUUGCAGCCUCUACAGAGGCCUCUAUGGUUUCUGAGGGAACAAAAGGCCGAUUCACCCUGACUGGGAAAGUACAGGAAGGAGACUGCUCAUUCUCUAUCAGCAAUGCCCAACCAGCCGAUCAAGGGAUCUAUGAAUUCCGAAUUGAAAAUGGAGACACUAAAUAUUCCUAUAGUUGGAACAAGCUCAGUGUGAGUGUGACAGAUCUACCAGAACCUACUAUAUCCCCUGUGGGGGAGCUGAUCGCUGGGAAGCCAAUAACACUGACUUGUACGGCUCAUCCAGCACCUCAAGGGUGCAAGGGAAACAUCACAUGGGGAGGAAGGAUAAACAUAGAGAACAUAUCUAACUAUGAGCGGGAGGAUCAGGCUGGUAAAGUCACCUCCAUAUCAGAUAUCACUGUUACUCCAUCCCAGAGAGAGCACAAUAGCCCCCUAACAUGUACAGUGACUUACAGUGGGGUCUCCACUAACAGCAGCAUCACCCUGGAUGUUCAGUAUCCUCCUUCAGUGACAAUCACAGUUCCAGGACACAAUGGAACUUAUGAAAACAAAUCAGUGGCUGUGAUAGAGGGAGACACAAAGCUUCUCCGAUGUGAAGUAAACAGCAACCCAGUGGCUGAAAUUUCCUGGAGUAGAGGAGAUGAGAUUUUUAUUAGAACUUCUCAAAAGCGUCUGAUUCUCGCACUGGAGAAUGUAUCAGUUGCUGAUGGUGUAACCUACACGUGCUUAGCAAGGAAUACUCACGGGUCCGUCUCUGGGACUGUUAGUGUCACUGUAGAAUCUCUCCCACAUGACAAGAAGACCAACCAUCUUAUAAUAUUAAUGAUACGGGGACUUUCCAUCUUAGCCCUCUCUGGUAUUAUAGCAGUGCCAGCAGUUUUGGUGAUGAGAUACAGGGAAAAGAGAAGGCAACGACAGGCUGAAGGAAAUCUUACAGAAUAAGAGGGGCAAUUGAUCGGAGUCAUUAUGG